AUGAAGAACCAGAAUCUACUCUACGUGGUGAAGAGGAUCAGAGUCACCGAGGUGGACUGGCAGCAGCUGAGGAAUGGCGCUGCCCACCACACCCAGGAGUACCCCGGCCCUGAGCUGGUGGUUCGCAGGGGCCAGAUAUUCACCAUCACACUGGAGCUAAACAGAUCCCUGGACAGCGAGGAGACCUUCAUCUUCACUGUGGAGACAGGACCCCAGGCUUCUGAGGGCCUCCGCACCAAAGCUGUGUUCCAGACGUCGACAUCGGAGCUGGAGGUGGGCGAUGCCUGGACAGCAGUGAAGGAGGCUCAGGCAGAGGACACAGUGACCGUUAGCCUCGCCAGCCCUCCCAACGCCGUCAUUGGCCGCUACCUACUGAGCGCCAGGGUUUCCUCUCGUCGCAAACACAGUGACCGGAAGCUGGGCGAGUUCAUUCUCCUGUUCAACCCAUGGUGCCCAGAGGACAACGUGUUUCUGGCCUCAGAGGAGGAGAGACAGGAGUAUGUGCUCAACGACAGCGGGAUCAUCUUCCGAGGCGUGGAGAAGCACAUCCGAGCCCAAGGCUGGAACUUCGGGCAGUUCGAGGAGGACAUCCUGAACAUCUGCCUCUCCAUCCUGGACCGAAGCCCCAGUCACCAAGAUGACCCAGCCACGGACGUGUCCCACCGCCACGACCCCAUCUAUGUGACCAGGGCCAUCAGCGCCAUGGUGAACAGCAACAACGACCGCGGCGUGGUCCAGGGCCAGUGGCAGCGCAAGUACGGCGGCGGCACCAGCCCCCUGCACUGGCGCGGCAGCGUGGCCAUCCUGCAGCAGUGGUUCAAGGGCAGGUUCAAGCCAGUCAAAUACGGCCAGUGCUGGGUCUUCGCUGGAGUCAUGUGCACAGUCCUUAGGUGCUUGGGGAUCGCAACACGGGUUGUGUCCAACUUUAACUCGGCCCAUGACACGGACAGAAGCCUGAGUGUGGACAAAUACGUGGACUCCUUCGGGCGGACCCUGGAGUACCUGACAGAGGACAGCAUGUGGAAUUUCCAUGUCUGGAACGAGAGCUGGUUUGCCCGGCAGGACCUGGGCCCCUUUUACAGCGGCUGGCAGGUUCUGGACGCCACCCCGCAGGAGGAGAGCGAAGGCGUGUUCCGCUGCGGCCCCGCCUCGGUCGCCGCCAUCCGCGAGGGCGACGUGCACCUGGCCCACGACGGCCCCUUUGUGUUUUCGGAGGUCAACGCGGACUACAUCACCUGGCUCUGGAAUGAGGAUGAGAGCCGGGAGCGCGUGUACUCGGACACGAAGAAGAUCGGGAGGUGCAUCUCCACCAAGGCGGUGGGCAGCGACUCCCGCGUGGACAUCACGGGCCUCUACAAGUAUCCGGAAGGGUCCCGGAAGGAGAGGCAGGUGUACAGGAGGGCCGUGAAGAAGCUUUUCAGCGUGGAAGCCUCUGGGAGGAGGGCCCGAGUCCGCAGGGCCAGCGGCCGAGGUCUCUGGCGUGAUGACCUCCUGCAGCCCGCUGCCAAGCCCAGCAUCACCGGCAAGUUCAAGGUGCUGGAGCCCCCCAAGUUGGGCCACGAUCUGAGGCUGGCCCUGUGCCUGGCCAACCUCACCUCCCAGACCCAGCAGGUCCAAGUCAACCUGAGUGGUGCCACCAUCCUCUACACCCGCAGGCCAGUGGCAGAGAUCCUGCACGAAUCCCACAAGGUGCGGCUGGGGCCGGAAGAAGAGAGAAAGAUCCCAAUCACAAUAUCUUAUUCUCAAUAUAAGGAAGACCUGACAGAGGACAAGAAGAUCCUGUUGGCUGCUAUGUGCCUUGUCACCAAAGGAGAGAAGCUCCUGGUGGAGAAGGACAUUACUCUAGAGGAUUUCAUCACCAUCAAGGUGCUGGGCCCGGCCGUGGUUGGGAUGGCAGUGGUGGUAGAAGUGAUGGUGGUCAAUCCUCUCUUGGAGAGAGUGGAGGACUGUGUGCUGAUGGUGGAAGGAAGUGGCCUUCUCCGGGGACAGCUCAGCAUUGAUGUGCCAAGCCUGGAGCCCCAGGAAAGGGCCUCGGUCCGAUUCAACAUCACCCCCUCCAAGAGUGGCCCAAGGCAGCUGCAGGUGGACCUCGUCAGCCCCCAUUUCCCAGACAUCAAGGGCUUUGUGAUCAUCCACGUGGCCAAAGCCAAGUGAUAGGCCAUGAUGGGCUGAGAGGGAAGGAGACGGCCCCCAUUCCCCUCCUGUCCACCCCUUUGCCACUCCCAUGUGGGAACCAGAAGGCCUGGGUUCUAGUCCUGCUUCAGCUUCUGCCCCACUUUGUGAACUUGGGCAGGUCUCAUCUCUUCCCUUCCUGGGCCUCAGUUUCCCCAUCUGUAAAAUGAGAUGUUAGACUCAGUAAUCCUUAAACCUUUGGACAAUGAUGGAUGAGGUAGGGAGCCUCUACCACCUUCAUCUGUCACCCUCACGGCUGGGAGGCGGGCAGACCGACCAUCACACUAACCCUGGCCCACCUGGCUCGGCCACCUCCUGCCCCGCCAGUUCACCAUCACCUGGGCUGACCCCUGGGCUCUCCUUGCUUCUCUCUCAGCUCUUCAAUGCUCUGACCACAUCCAGACCCAGGAACCUUCUCCCGGGCUCUGAGAGAGAACCCCAAAGUAUUAGAGCUGAUACCUAAGCCUCCCUCAGCACUCCCAUACACAGAGGGAAGAGCCUUGCCCGAGGCCAGUGGGCGAGCUGGAGGAAGAGCUGGGGCCCGUGUGCCUGCCGUUUACACCGUCUGAGUUCUAUCCAAAGUCAUGUUCCGGAAAAUCAUUAGAUUUGAAGCAAUGGGCGAUCUUCCCUCAAUGAAGACAUAGCCUCAGCAUCCGCGGGGCUCCUGCUGCCUGAAAGAAGCUGAAGAUGGAGGAGGAGCCAUCAAGACUGGAUUGCAUUCAGGGAUGCAGUCCCAAAUCUGGUCUAGUUAUGGUCAUCAGGGACCUUAUACGACCAGCCCAGUGUUGAUUGACUUCUUUGCAACCAGAACAGUGUUGACUUUGCAAAACAUCCCCUGCAGCUACACUACACGCAGUCAUGUUCUCAGCAUCAAACAGGACAGAGACCUCUGGGACGAAGACCAGAGUGGAGACCACCAAGCCAUGAAGAUAACUGCAGCAGACGUGGAAAUCAGCUCAGAAGCGUUCUGGAGAGCCCCAGGCAUUAUGACUAGUCAUAUAACUUGAGCCAUCUGGACAAGAACAGACCAGGCUCAAGUGCUGUGAGCCGCCUCCUGGGUACGGACUGGAGUGGGAACAGUUGAUAUAGUGGGCCUUUGUGAGCAAGUGUUUGAUGGGUGAUCCUUGUGACCAAGGCCUCAGCGAAGGCACUUCUCUGGUGAUUCUACACAGCGUGGGGACGGCCUGGAGAACCCAGGUGACUGCAUGCAUUUAAUGAGUCAGGCCCUUCAGGACCCCCUGUCCAAACCUAGGUUUUGGAUGCUGAUCCCGUAUAAGGGGGGCAGCUGGAGGUUCAGAGCAGGCAGCCAUUUCCUCGGAGUUGACAAGCAACUUCAAGCCUGGAGGGGGCCCUGGGGGCUGAAGACAACAGGAGGCCAUCUCCCCUCUUAAUAAGAUGCUUCUUUCAGCAGGGAGACAGCACAGUCUCCCCUUGCAGUGGCCCCAGACACCUCAUUCUUCCAGCAAAUGCUAACUGCCUGUCUUCCUCCAGCUCAGCUGUCUCAGGCUGAGCUCCCCAGGAACUGACUCUGAGCUGGGGUUUCGGGUACAGGACACUUAUGAAGGAAUGACCUGGGGACCAACACCCAUGGAAGGGAGGGGGAGGAAGCAGGAGGGGGAAGAGGGAGAUAUCGAACCGUGAUACAAGUCCAGUGGCAGCCUGGGCCCACCCUGUGGGCAGCUCCAGAGCCAGAAUGGUCUGCCAGAGUGUGUGUGUGUUUGAGGAAGGGACCGUAGCUGCAGGUGAUGAGGGCCACCUGCCACAUAGCUCUGUCUCCACUUCAACCCCCUCGCUCUUGGCGCCUCUCAGCUGAGCUGAGGCAGCGCUUCCCGGGGACAAAACUCACCCCGAAGCUUCUUCCAGCCCAUGCUGAGAGCAAAGGCCACCCCACAGCCAAUGAGAGCACCCUGACUGGGGGUGGGAGAAGCGGGGACACUGAGAGAAGACAGCCCAAAGCAGAGGGUGGAUGGAAAUGCGGCUUUGGAAGCUGCAAAGAAAAAUGUGCAAGUAGAAUUACCUUUCAGUGGGUCUGGCAACACGCUAACGAUGCUGUCCCCAGAGGAAGGGCAGAACAGUAGUUCUGGAGUGAGCAGAGCCUUAGAAUUGGCUGGCUGUGGGGACCCAGAAGGAUGCCGGCAACAGGGCCCUCCCCCAGACUCAGGCCUCGCCCUGCUUCCUUUGGGUCCCCUUGGUCUCUUAAACACCACUGUGACCUUCACAGAGGCUUUUGACAUGGAGUUACCUCAGCGAUCUGGGCUUUCACGUGCCAGAGGGGCCUCUGAGCCUUUAGAAGAAGGAUUGGCAAGCUUUCACUGUCGAGGACCACAUAGUAAAUAUUUCAGGUUUGCAGGCUGUACAGUCUCUGUUCCAACUACUCAACUCAGCUUUUAUGGCAUGAAAGCUGAUAAUGGGUAAACAAAUGAGCGUGGUGUUGCAAUAAAACUUUAUUUAUAAAAACAGGCAGCUGGCCAGGUUUGGCCCACAGGCUGCGGUUUGCUGACCCUGCUGUAGAACCACGUGCUGACGCAGCUGCUUGCUCCAGGGCUGAGCUCUGAUGCCAGGCUGCCUCCCAGCCUAGGAUCAAGCCCAAAGCUGGGCUGAGGCCAAGCCCGAGCAGGCCCCACACAGAAACGCAGAUGAGUUUCCAGCUUGUGCUCAUGAGCCCAGAUAGAGUCGUUACUCAGAGCCGUGAUUGGCCAGACCAGGUCAUGACCCUGAUGCUAGAAAGAGCCCUAAACCUUGGCCUCACAGUAAGUCCUGGCUCCUACCACAGCUACAUCAUGACUCGACUCUGGCCAUCCGCUGAGCCCUGACUCCAUGCUGAGCCCUGAUGCAGCCCCAGACAGUCCUGACCUCAGACUGAGCUCCAAUCCUGAUCUCUCAUUGAGCCCUGGACCCAGACUGAGCCCUGAUCCCAAACAGAACCCUGACCGUGGACUGAGCUCUGACCCCACACUGAGCCCUGAUCCAGCCUCAUUCCGAGUCCUGACCUCAGUCAGACCCCAGUUGGGGCUCCAGGCCUUGACUUUGAACUUCUCUUCUAGAUCUGAGCUUCUCCAGUGGGGGCCACACACCCAUCUGGCCCAUUGAUGUCACUGGGUAAACACGACCUGCCUUCCUGGACCAGGGUCUGAGUUCACCUUCCUUUUCUUUUGAGGUACUUGGGCAGAAAUAUUUGAGGAGCCUGGUGGACCCCUGGAUCCUCCCAGCUCUGUCACGCUUUGAAAGUCUGCCUUCGUGGCCCAGUUCUCCAGGAACGAGUAUAAGAGCCUGGCAUCCGACCAGGGCCCUGUCCUCCACUCAGGUGCUCUCACUUCCCUUCUCAUGCGCUUGCCAAGAGUGAAAGGAGCUCUGCUGAGCGCCUGCCACCAGAACAGUAGGCGAUCUGCCACUCUUAGUACCAGGGACACUCCUUUCAGCAGGGGUGCUCCAUAUGUCAUCCGAGUUGGUCUCCUCUUGUGGCCGCCCCACACGGCUCAUUCUUCCAGCAAAUGCCAGCUGCCACAGGCUGUCCCCCAGGAAGCUGACUCUGAGAUGGAGUUUAGGGUGCAGGAUGGAGGUCGAGAAAGGCGGGGGCCAGAGGGAGGAAUCGAACCACGAUGCAGGCCCAGUGACAGUCUGGGCCCACUGCACAGGCAGCUCUAGAGCCAGAAUGGUCCAUCCAAGUCAUCUCGGGUUGGGCCAAGAUGGCUGGGACUUUCUAUGCCUGCGACUUUCUAUGCCUGCAUCUGUCACUGAUUCGCCCCAGAAGGGGCGUGACUUUGGGUGAGAUAACUACUGCUGGGGCCAUCCGUGAAGCAGCUGACAGCUGAGGGUCAUUUGCCGGCAGCACUUCCAGCAGACGGGGCGACAAGCCGUCCGUUGAAGGGAGGUCUGGAUGGUGUACCUUCACGUCCACCGCCCCGCAGCCCGUUCAAGCCAGGACAGAGCAGGGACAUUACAAGUUCCCUACACUCACCAGGCUAACCUUCCAGCUGGUGGACACAGGUAUUCAAUCACAACAUUUUAAAAGGUGUGAAAAGUAAAAUGAGAAAUAAAAGUAAACAAAUUCAUGAAUAAGUAAUUAAAGCUAGUGAUAAGUGCCUAAAAGAAAAUAUCUGCCCUCUAGGAUGCCAGAGAAAGCCAUUCAUGGUGAGGUGACUCCCCAGAGGCACUCUGUUACAAACUGCCCAAGACCGGCGCCAGGGGAAGCUGCUGGCUGCUGGGUGCUAAUGGCCACCGUGCAUUGCCGGAGCCGGUGCCGAAGAAGCCAUCUUCCCUGCAGAAGCCCCCAGGGCUGAGACCACCAGGGCGUUGGCGGGCCCUGGAAGCAGUGCCGCGCAGAGAGCACCAGAACCAGCGCAGGAAGCCCUCUCUCCUGCAGCGUCUCUCUGGCGCCCUCUACUGGCAGACCUUAACAUCGUGCCCGCUGACAAAAAAUAUUUUUAUCUAGCCACAGAGCAGGCACCAAGGGUGGAUUUGGAGCUGAGACAGAAUAAAUUGAUAACUGGCACUGUGACCCUCUUGAUCUUCUCUGAGAAAUAAAGGGUGCUCCCACCUCGGUGCCUUUGCAGUUGCUGUACCCUCUCCCUGGAGUCCUUUCUCUCCUUCCCCAGCCAUAUCUGCAUGGCUUGCUCCCUUACUUCCAACAGGUUUCUACUCAAACUGCUCUUUAUCUUUAUGAUGAAAUAGCACCACGCUCGCAGCACUUUCCAUCUCCCUCUUCCUGAUUUCCUUUCUCCACAGCGAUUGUUACCGUUUGACAUCAUUUAUUUACAUGUUUGUUAUUUAUUGUUCACCCCCUCUUCUAGAAUGUAAGCUUAGCAAGUGCAGAGCAUUCGUCCGUCUUGUUUGCUCUUGUGUACCCAGCAGAGCUGAAUGAACAGUGCCUCGGACACAGUAGAAAUUCCAUAAAUACGUAUUGAAUGAAUGAAUUGUAGCAAAUUAGGAGCGUACAGGGAGACAAGGGAAACUCCAGGCAGAGUCUCAUUACCUUGUCACGACCCCAGUUAACAUGGUGGUAAGCUUCCUUUUAGAUUUUUCCCCAGUGACGUUGUUGGUUGUUUUUUUUAAAAUAGGGCCUUAACACACACAGAGAAAUAUAUUCAUAUCAAAAGUGUGCACCUUACUGAAUUUUCACAAAAUGAACCCACCCAGGUAACCAGCACCCAGAUCAAGAAAUAGAACAUUACCAGGACUCUAGAAGCAUCUUUUGUGCCCCCUCCCAGGGUAACCAUUCUCUUCGGUUGUAGAAGCAAAGGUUAGUUUUUGUGCUUUAUUUGAAUGGAAUUACACUGUAUGUAUUUUGUGUUUGGUCUCUGGAUUCUGUCACUUGACAUUCUAUGUAGAAGGUUCAUCCAUAUUGCUGAGUGUUAUUGUGGAUCUUUCAUACUCUUUGAUGUGCAACAUUCCAGUGUGUGGAUAUACUCCAAUUUAUCCACUUUACUGUUGAUGGAUAUUUGGGUAGUUUCCAGUUUGGGCCUAUCAGGAAUAGAGUUGCUAUACACAUUCUUGUACAUGUCUUCUUGUGAACAUGUGUCAGCAUGCCUCUUGGGUAUAUAUCUAGCAGUGGAAUCUCUGGAUGAUAUGCGUAUGUUCAACUUCACCAGCCGACCUCCCCACUCCACACCCCAGGGGUAUUCUCUUUCAUUCAUGUCAGUUAGCAUCCGCUGACACGAAGCACCCAGCAUUGUGCCUUCUGGAGGUGGACAUGUUCUUUCUUUGACUCCUUGGGAAAUGCUGGACCUGGUCCAGUGGCAAGAAACAAAGACAAAUCAGCCACAGCACAGGUAAAAGUGGCCACACCCCGUAACGAUGGAUCCCACUCCUGAAGAAAAUAUUCUAAGGUCAUGUGCCGAAGAAACAACUCUGUCUUUACAAAGCUAGAAUUGAAAGCCUCAAGAAUAACAACCCUAACGCCAAUCACUUGUUGGCCACUUGCUCUGUGCUGACCUUGCUAUGUAUACUACCUCACUUAAUCUUCAGUGAGAUGAGGGCCUGUCACCCUGUAAUACGAAGGCUGACUUCUUUGCUGACAGCUGUCAGGCCCUUUCCUCCCUGUUCCCCACUGGCCCACAUCUGGGCGAGCCCAUAAGAAAGCCCCAGGGCUCCCACCCUGGGCACCUGCGGGAAGUUCAAACCACACAAGCCCUAACCCUCUUGUGGGACCCUCGCCACGGCCCUACCCCCAGUGAAAUGGGCCGUUGCCCCUCCCUGCUCUCUCAAGCCAUUUUCAGACCUGCUUGGGAGCCUGCCCUGCUCUCCCCAGAAAGCCUCAUUAUGUCAAUAAUAAAUACUUUCCUACCCUCUUGUUGCAUGUAUACACCAUCAGUCUCAGAUGUCCAAACCAAAUUUGGAGGAGGGCUCAAUCCCGCCCCCCCAUGAGGCAGCAACAAGACACAUCCCCAUUUAGAGUCGAGGAAACUAGAACUCAGAAAAGUUCUUUAUCAUUCAUUCGUUUAAGAACAGGUGUCGAGUGCACAGAGCAGUGAGAAAUAACAUGGAGGAAUCCCCUGGCCUCGUUAGCGUGGGGGAAGUAGUUCACAGAAAAAUAAAUAGAAAUUUCUUUUAAAUAUAUGAAAACACAGCGAGCGUCCCUCAUAGCUAAAUAUAUACUAAUUAAGGAGAUAUUUUAAUUUAUCAGAUUGAACAAGAUCUAACAAUGUAACGCUACGCCGUGUUGUCAAGGAUGUUAGAAACAGAACCUGCAUGUACCAUUGUUAAUGGUGCAGGAUAACACAACCAGAGGGCUAUUUGGAAUAUCUAGCAAUAUUUUCAGCGUAACCUCCUCCUCCUCAGUAACCCUACUUUUAGGAAUUUAUACACAUACACAGAGUUAUGGCCCCACAGCUAAAGAGGGACAGGGCUUGACACUUCCUUCUUUCUUUAAAUUAAGUAUAUUUUAUUUCUGUAUAGGUCUUUGUAGAUUAUUAGAACAAUACAGAAAAUGAGGAAGAAAAACUCUGCCCCACAGUCCCAGCCUUCGUGCACCAGACCGAGCCCACACACUACCACCUUCCUCCUGAAAGAGCAAUGCUGCCUCCUAGUGGAUUUGUCUUUUUUUAAGCACAUUUAUUAUUGAACUAUUUCUAAGUUUUUUAAGGUAGCUAAUUAUUUUAACUAGGUAAUGCACUCACGUGGUUCGAUAUUUUACAAGUUCUAAACAGCACACAGUGGACACUCUGCCUUCCAUUCCUGUUCCCAUUGAACUCGGUUCCUCUCCCCACAAGCAACCAAACUGGCCAAUUCCUCGUGUGUAGCCUUCCAGGGAUAUUUUAUGCAGACGCCUGAAUUCGGUAAAUGGGAGUUUCCUUCCUUCUAGCCCCUGCUUUUGAAUCAUCAAUAUUGCUCCUAAAAACUUAGAAAAUCCAAAAUAAAAUAUUUCUACACAAAAUAUUCAUUGCUGCCCGAUUGGUACUCAUGAAAAAUCAGAGAUAAUAGGAAUUCCCCAAAUGGUAAGAAUGACCACUCGCUAUAUAUACAUCCAGUCAUCAUUAUGAAGACUUGCAUAAUAACCUGGUAAAAUGUCUAUAACAAAAGUUUGGGGGGUUUGUUUUGUUUUAUUUUGUUUUGUUUUUUGCAGGGAAAGAUUCACCCUGAGCUAACAUCUAUU